CAUCCUUUCGCUCAGUCGCUCAGUAGGCGCUUGGGUGCUCACUCUUCGCCUCCAGGAGCUGCAGAGCUGCAGAUCACGGAGAGCGUGCGCCAGUCAAUGCAAGCGGCGCAGGUGGUGCGUAGCUGCUUGUCCGAGGUGCAAGACGAAGUGUCGGGGCUGCAUCUGUUGGACGAGCUGAGCCAUCUGAUGGGCGACUCACGCGAAGUGGAGCAGCUGGAGCGGCGCCUCAAGCAACUGGAACAGCGGACAGAGAGCAUCCGCGUGCAGCUGGAGGACGCCGCCGGCGCCAUCGAGAGACGGCUGGAAAGGCGCAUGCGCGACCGAGUGGCCGCCAUCUGCCGCAGAGGGCGGAAAGCGGGUGAGCGAGACGCAAGAUGGGCUCGUUUCUCCAACUACAGCACUUGUCAAUCGCCUGCCAAUCCCUCUGCAGCCGAC